CGAGAGAGAGAAAAAAAACUCCUCGGUUGCUGAAAUAAAGUUAAGGAAAUGAUGUGUAGCUGUGACCGUGUUUUGAUAAUGAAAUGCCCCGCCCACCCAAUCUCCAUAUGGCAACGCCCCGCCCACCGGCUCUCUGCACUGUUUGUAGUUGCCGCUAUAGUUUCUGUCACUUGCAGCAACUUGAAUGCUGGAGGCAAGUCGACCCUGAGAGAUUUUUUUUUUUUUUUUCUAUGCAAAAUUUAUUUAUUUUAUUUUUUUCCCCCCCAUCUAGCUCGCACCAAGAACUUUAGGAUCAAUAUCAUUUAUAGUCUAACUUCUUACCAACUUUUUUGGUUGUUGUUAUAGCUGGUAGUGAAGAAUGCGUCAGAAAGAACGAGGAAACGGACAGACUUCAUUAGUAAACUCAUGCAGAUGAGCCGAAAUAUAGCCAAACUUCAGCGAAAAAACAGAAACGGCUUUUAUUGUUUAUAUAUUUAGUGUAUUUUUUUAUUAUUAUAAUAUAUUUUUUUUUUUUUUUUUUUUUUUACAUUUUUGGACUCUCUCAGGUUUAUAGCCUAUAUUUUUCCAAGCGGAACUGUAACUACAGGAUCACAUCAUGUCAUCAUCAUCAUCAUCAUCAUCCUCAUCAUCAUCAUCAUGCAACUCGACUCAUCAUCAACAGCAACAGCGGGCUAAAGGCAGCACGGGAUCCCCCACCAUCUCAUCAUCAUCAUCAUCAUCAUCAUCAGUCGUUAACGGCGCGAGCCGGUUGCUGCAGCCAGUCCGUGCCACGGUGCCGUACCAGCUAAUUCGCGGGAGCCGCCGCUCCUCUCCCUCCUCUUCCUCCUUCUCCUCCUCCUCUUCCUCGUGUGCGUCAGCCGGGGGCGACGUCGCAGCACCGAGAGCGCCCGGUGCCGCCGCCGCGAGCCCGACGCGAGUAGUGACGCCGCUCGCGCGCCCUCCUGGAAACGGAAGCGGCCACGGCUCCGCGGACUGCGCCGCCGGGCUGAUCGCGCGCUCCCCGCCGCCUGACCGCAAGGGCUCACCGGAGCGGCGCACUGAUUCACCUGCUAUCCGAGUUGAAAGGCCAAAAGGCCAGCAGGUGUGGAUCAGACGCACUUCCUCUCUAGGUGCCAUCACCGCCCCCUACCUGACCGGCCAGUGGCCCCGUGACCCCUACGUGCUCUACCCAUCGUGCAUGAAAGACAAAUCCACACAGACUCCUGGAUGCUGGAGUGAAGACUCAUCCGAGGGAGAGCUGAGGAACACGCACCAGCGCUCGGCGUCCUGGGGCUGCGCCGACCAGCUUAAAGAGAUCGCUAAGCUCCGCCUGCAGCUCCAGCGCACUAAGCAGGGAGGAAGUCGCCAUAUUAAAGAUAGUAGGGAGCUUCUGUCUCCCCUCCACUGCUGCAUCUUCACCACCACACACAUUACCAGCAGCAUGUCCAGCCAAGCCACGUCUCCCAUGUCGAAGCCGGCACAGAUGACCCUGCCUAACAUCACUGUACCGAAACCGUCCAUCUCACGAGUGCCCAGCAGCAUGGAGGGCAUCAACCACGAGCUGGAGAAAGUCUUUAUUAAAGAUAACGGAGAGAAGGAAGAACUGAAGGCGUUGGAGGUGCCUGAUGGACGCCGUGCCCCGUUUCCUCCUCAGCAGCGGAGCAGUAGUACAUGUGGUUUGGACUCUCAGACCCCGGCAGUACACGGCCGCUCCAGCAGCUGCUCCAGCGCAUCCCCAUGUCCGGUAGGAUCACACGACGGCAGCCCGUACUCCACCGACGAGCUCCUCGACGACCGAGACAAAGACAGCGGCAGCAGCUCUCCUCUCCCCAAGUUUGCCUCUUCACCCAAACCCAACAACAGCUACAUGUUCAAGCGGGAGCCUCCCGAAGGCUGCGAGAAGAUCAAAGUGUUCGAAGAAACAACGUCGAGACAGUCCUCUACCACCCCCCUCUUCUCCUGCCCCGACAAAAACAAGGUGAACUUCAACCCCACUGGUUCGGCUUUCUGCCCCGUCAGAAUACCCGGCUCUCUGCUUCAACACUCGGCCUCCCAAGCUGAGGAAGAGGACGAGGAAGGAGGACACCCCAGUGCUGUGACCUCCUCGGCCAUGUACACCCUGCUCCACCCCACUCAGGUCUCCAUCAGUACCAGCACAGACGAUCCGCCAGAAUCAGACGCCGCGUCUCCGUCCCAACAAGAGGCACCACACACAAACUCAGAACUGUGCAGUUAGCUCGAUUUGCCCAGAGCUGGUCUCUGUGGCACUUUGUGCCCUUCAUAGGUUGACUAGAUGCCACCUUUCCCCCUCUUUCUGGACUGAAAUGUCACCGUCUGCAUGUCAUAGUGACACACAAGGUUCCAAACACGAGAAUAGCGCUCCACUUCAAUCCGUCGUCACGUCCGCACCGGUUUUCUUACGCACUUAUACUGACAGGGACUAAAGAGCUGCAAGGCUAUAGUGUGCGAGUGUUCAGGCUGUUUUUGGAACAGCACCACAGAAGCUGGUUAAAGAUUAUAUAUAUAUAUAUAUAUAAACAUAUACUAUUAAUGUUAAAAUAAAGUGUGUGAAGGUUUUAUGGACCACAAAAUAUGCAAAUGUAGGUUCAAUGUUAACCUUAACCGAAAGAAAGAAAAGAGUGAGCUGUCAUUUUUUUUGCUACAGAAGUCCCAAGAGGCCAUGUUUUGUUUUUUUUUUGUUGUUGUUUUUUUUUUUAAAACUCCCAUUAUCUUGCGAUUAAGAUAAUCCUUUUUGAUAAGCUUUAUUCUAUAAACCUAAACGUUCAGGUUAUUGUCUCAAUGAAACCACUUUCACGUGAAAAAAUAAGUCGUGCAACCUCCUGGUGAGAUCAGUGUAUUUGAGAGGUACAGAUGCACCCUUCUAACAUAUCAGGUGUAGUUUUUUUUUUUAUCAUAAUUUAAAUAAAAAUAAAUAAAUAAAAGGUUUUAUGAAAUAUCCUGACCAGCAGGCUGACAUUAGCAGUGAAGAGUUGCAAUUUAUAAACACAUAUGUAUAAACAAUCUUCUCAGAAAUCUUGUCAGGUUAGCUCAGAUUAGCUAGGAAUUUAGAUAUAGACAUUAAUGAUUAUGCUCUAAAGAUUAUCCUCUCAGAAAUCCUCUCAGAUUAUUUUAUAUUACCUAGUUAGCUAGUGUGAACAGUGAAGAUUAUGUACAGAAAUUAUUAUGACCGACAAGUCUUGUCAGAAAUCCUGUCAGAAAUCCUGAUAUUAACUAGCUAGCUUGUGUUAGCAAUGCAAAUGAUGAUUAUUAAUGAUUAUGACUUAAAAUCCUGUCAGAAAUCCUUUCAGAUUAGUUUAUUCUUGUGAUCUGGCUAAUGUCGGCAGGGAAGACUCUAAACAUUAAUGAUUAUGACCUAAAAAAUUCGUUAGCUGUGAAGAUUAUCAACACAUAAAUAUGACUUAAAACUUCUGUCAAGUUAGCCCAUGUUAGCUAGUUAGCUAGCUAUCAAUGAAAAUGAUAAGUAUUAAUGGUUAUGAUAUCCUGUUAGCGCAUAUUAGCUAGCUGGUUGGUGGUAGCAAUGGAAAUACAUGGAUAAACAUUACUAAAUAUGCUUUAGAAAUCCUGUCAGAUUAGCUCAUGCUGGCUAGCAGACUAGCGUUAGCAAUGAAUAUUAUAGACAUUUAUAAAUAUGAUAUUAAAAUCCUGGGAGGUUAACGUGUAUUAACUAGCUGGCUUUUGUGAGCAAUGAAAAUUCUGAACAUUAAUGAUUAUUACCUAAAAUCCUGUCAGAAAUCCUCUCAGCUUAGCUCAUGCCUACAAAGUGGAUUUUUUGUUGUUGUUUUGAGAUCAGUAAGUCGUAAUGUCAAGAUAAUAAUAAUCCACUGCCUCUUGGGACUUCAGUUUUUUUUAUUAUUAUUAUUCUCAUCUUAUUUAUACAUUUUGGCAUCGAGUUCUGGUCACACUUUUUGGAUUCCCUUUUUUUUUUUUUUUUUUUUUUUGGUGUGAUUCAUUUUCUCACUCACGUGGAUCAGAACGAUUGCACAGCUUCGCUUUCUGUUGGGUGAGUGAAAUCCAAGCAAAUCACUGCUUAACUUAAGUGGGAUAACUCCUUUUUUUCAGCUAGAACAUAUGACGAUUGCGUAAUGAUUGCGUUUAGUGGAGAACGUUACGUUAAAAAAGCUUCAAGAAGGGUUUAAUAGGGUCGGAUGCAUGUAUCUGAAAUUGAUCAUAUAUGUUGACAAUUACAGUGUCAUGUCUGUUUUCUUUUUUUUUUUAACAUCCACAGUAUGAAUAAGCUCUCUCUAUCUAUAUAUAUAUAUCUAUAUAUAUCUAUAUAUAGAUAGAUCGAUAUAUGGAUAUCUAUAUAAAAAAAAAAAAAAAAAGAUAAAAGCUUGUUUGGGUUUAACUGUUUAUUGCUUUAUGUACGUUAUAGAGAAAAAGUGUGAUCUAAUCUUUGGGAUUAUGUUUACAGUCUGUCUGGGUUUUGUUACUUUUAAGAAAUUAAAUACAAAAAUAGGUUUUAAAAAAAAAAAGAAGAAGAAGAAGAAGACAAAUGCAUUUAAAAAACAACAACAACAACAACAAAAAAAACAAACGCUAUAGUGUUGCACAGUAUCUGUUUAUAGCCCAGCUUCAGGUGUGAGUUUAAACUCAGGUAAUUUGCACUCUACUGUGUGUCCAUUCUCAACUCGAACUCCUACCACGUUUUACAUACAUAUGCAUACACGCACUCAUACACACCUGAACACACACUCCCCUCAACAGUUCGAUGUCGAUCAGCUUUUUAGUUCGUAAAUAUUACUCGUGGUCUCUUUUGAGUGUAUGUUAAAAGCUGCCGAUCCACUGACUGAAAUCCGAGGCCAAAUAGUUAGUUUAUAGGCAACUAAUUUGUAGCGACAGUAAAAGAAUAAGUCUGCUGCGUUGAUUCAGGAGGUUGUGAGUGCACCAUGGCCACUGGAUCUCCGUCUGACAUAUGCGGCUUUAUGAGCUACAUAUGAGUUAUAACGGACAGACGUAUGCUCGUCUGGAAAUUCCUACUUUACAAGCUUGAAGUCGAUGUUUUAAAGUACAUUUUCAAGUAGUUUAGAUUGCCAUCGCAUUAAUUGUAAACAAAUCGUCAAUACCACAAAUCAUGUAGACAACUUACAAAAUGACUACUUAAUUAACGACUGUCUGCUGUGGAUGCAACAUCUACUGUAUAUCAGCUCCCACAACUACUUUUUUAUUGAUGUAACCCCAACUCGUAAAGUCAUGGCUUGUAGGAAAAUGACUAGCGCAUCAAAAAUACAAGUUUCUUGCUAGUAA